CAGCAGACAACGACUCUUCACGCUGUACCCUCCACCGUUGGCACGACACGAGAAAACUACACCUUCGAUAAUGACCCAGGCUUCUUGGGCCCAAGAGGCAACCGACCGCUUCUUCAGCGGCCGCAAAUCACCAACUCAGAAGCAAUGUGACGAAGUUGCACAAUCCGUCUCCGGCGCAUCGACGGUUAGCCCCGUGGAGAGCCCAGGCUCAAUGAGCUACACCGUCGUCUGCAAAGGCUGCCCUGGGCCACAAGAUCUCGUUGUAUCCUUCAGAGAACCAGGUGCCGCACUCGACGAGGGGAUCGUGAAGUUGGCCAAGGAGAUACAUGGCGACCUUGUGCCGGAGUCGACCUGUCACGGCAAUUUGGAGGGGGCUGAUCCGCCGCUAUUCAUCUACUCCAUGCCCUAUCUGCGAGGCUCCCCCUGCAUUGAAGUUCUGUCCUUUGAGGUAGAAAUGGAUCCCGGCGACGAAGCCAAGCAUAGAGUCUUUGUCAAGCACCUGGCUCGGUACUUUGCACGAUGUUGGUCCAGCUCUCGAUCGGUGCACCGCCGACCCCAGGCCAACCAACAAGAAGAAAUCUGUAAACGGCUCUCUCGACUGGCGGAAGAACCACUGUCGUCUAUUCUGCCGAACGCGACGCUGCCCAAACUCAUUGAGGGUCUUCCCUCCCUCUUCAGCCGAGACUAUCCACAAGUGCUCACGCACGGCGACUUCUCCGUAACGAACAUUCUAGUCGACAGGGACCAAUUCGAAAUAACAGGCAUCGUCGAUUGGUCUCUAGCGGCGUUCAAGCCCUUCGGAAUGGAUUUGGACAUCCUUUUUUUAACUACGGGGUUUAUGACCAGAGACGGCUGGCAUGACUAUGCAUGUAAGGCGCGGCUGCAACACACCUUUUGGCAGGAGUUCUGGGUCGUCUCCGGGAUCGAAGGGGACGAACUUCGGAGCAGAAUACGGGGUCUGGCUGAAGCUGCUGGCCGGAUUGGCGCAAUUCUCCGAUUAGCAUUCCGACGUAACGACGAUGGGUCACCAUCUGAGGAGGUCUUGCGAUCAGAGAGUAGGAUGAAACAGCUGAGGGCAUGGUUCGGCGAAUAAGCGGCGGCAAGACUUGCCUGAGGCAGGACGGGACGGGAUUGGGGAAUGCACGUCACCCCGAACAGUGGGCUGCAAGGUUGAAGUCGCUGGAGACUACGGAGCGCGGUCCGGGCCGCUCGUGUCUGAAUCCUCGCGGUCGGAGUCGUGGGAUCGUGCGGCCCUAACGGCGUCGAUAUCCUUGCGCGGAGGAAGGCUAGUAAACAUGGUGCUGAAACGAUCGUCGUCGAUGCUAGCGACGCUCACGGAGCUGCAGCAGCACCGGAUGACGUAUCC